UUUAUUUUUCAGUGUUGAUCAGUUUUUGGUUGAUUGGAAGAUGAUAACCGGAGAACAGGUCGAUGGCCAGCAAACCCAGUCAUCAUCAUCAUCAUCUUCUUCUUCUUCAAUUGAUAGCAGUAAUUACCCUUCUGGGACUGUGAAACCUGCAGCUUCUUCAUCUUCUUCGUGUCUCUCAAGUGUUUGUAGAAAUACUAACAGUUCCAGAACUGAUCUGAUCACUGACCUGAGGCUUGGUCUUACCAUUUCUCCUUCUCAACCUGGCUUUUCCAAUUCAAAUCCCAGGUCAAGGAAUCAAACUUCAGAUUGGCCUCCAAUCAAGUCCAUACUGAGAAGCACUCUUGUGGAGAAACAAAACCAGUGGAGCCAAGGGCCUUCCUUAUUUGUCAAAGUGUACAUGGAAGGCAUACCAAUUGGUAGAAAAUUGAACCUUCUGGCACACCAUAGUUAUGAUGGGCUUGUCAGAGCUUUAGGCCACAUGUUCAGGACCACCAUUCUCUGCCCUAAUUCCCAACCACUUCAUUCUGGAAAUUUUCAUGUGUUAACUUAUGAGGAUCAAGAAGGGGACUGGAUGAUGGUUGGAGAUGUGCCAUGGGAGAUGUUCUUGACCAGUGUGAAAAGGCUGAAGAUCACCAGAGCAGACAGAUGCUAGCUAAUCUAAUGCAUAA